GUACCUGUCAAAUUCAGGUACCCGCUCCCCCUCUCUCCCCAAAGGUCAGCAGUCGCUGGUCAUUCCCUGCACUGUCCGCAGUCGCUGGUCAUUCCCUGCACUGUCCGCAGUCGCUGGUCAUUCCCCCUGCACUGUCCGCAGUCGCUGGUCAUUCCCUGCACUGUCCAGCAGUCUCUGGUUGUCACGAUCUGGGCUCUGACACUGGUCAUUCCCUGCACUGUCCACAGUCUCUGGUCAUUCCCUGCUCUGUCCGCAGUCUUUGGUCAUCCCCUGCACCGUGUCUGUAGUCUCUGGUCAUCCCCUGCACUGUGUCUGCAGUCUCUGGUCAUCUCCUGCACUGUGUCUGUAGUCUCUGGUCAUCUCCUGCACUGUGUCUGCAGUCUCUGGUCAUCUCCUGCACUGUGUCUGGCAGUCUCUGGUCAUCUCCUGCACUGUGUCCGCAGUCUCUGGUCAUCUCCUGCACUGUGUCCGCAGUCUCUGGUCAUCUCCUGCACUGUGUCCGCAGUCUCUGGUCAUCUCCUGCACUGUAUCCGCAGUCUCUGGUCAUCUCCU